AUGGCCGUUCAUCCUGAAGUACUAUGGGCGCAACGCAGUUCCGAGACGGACGAGACGAAGAAUGUCCUCUACCUCACCGUGAACCUCUCGGACGUCCAGCCGGAUACUCUCCAGUACGACCUCACACCAACUUCAAUAUCUUUCAAGGCCAAGGCCGGAAAUGCGUCGAAGGGCAUUGAGGAGAGAGACUACGAGUUCAAGCUCGAUCUCUUCGCCGAGGUUGUCCCCGAAGAAUCCUCAAAAACGCUCACGAGCCGCCACCUCGCGGUCGUCCUCCGCAAGAAGGAGAAAAAGGCAGAGUUCUGGCCGCGCCUCUCGAAGGUGAAGGUCAAGAUGCCGUUCGUCAAGACCGACUUCAGCAAGUGGGUAGACGAAGAUGAGCAGGAUGGCGAGGCGCCUGCCGUGGAAGAGGAACCCGACAUGGGCGGUAUGGGUGGUAUGCCUGGCAUGGGUGGCAUGGGCGGUAUGGGUGGUAUGCCUGGCAUGGGCGGCAUGGGUGGUAUGCCUGGUAUGCCUGGAAUGGGCGGCAUGGGUGGCAUGGGUGGCAUGGGCGGCAUGGACUUUGAGCAGAUGAUGAAGAGCAUGGGUGGCGGCGCAGACCUUGGUGACCUCGGCGAGGGCCCGUCCGGCGCAGCCGCUGAGUCGGACGACUCUGACGACGAUGGCCCGCCGCCAUUGGAGGAGGCCGAGCCUGCGAAAACGUCAUGAGCUGAGUACGGACAGUGUAGAAGAAUGUCAUGUCUUGAAUGAAGUGCACGAACCCAUUGCGCGGUCAUGUAUGUAUGUAGCAAGUCUGCUGAUAUAAUGAUGCUUGAUAGUA